AUGGCGCCUUAUGUCGAGAAGUCUGCCGUAGAGGCAUCACUCUCCGCGCAUACUAAAAGAGCGCCGACCAAUCUGGUGGCUCCCGAACCAGAACAUUGCCCCGGUCCCGAAUCAGAGCAAGCCGGCCAGGGUGACGCCUGCGCUGGCUGUCCGAAUCAACAGAUCUGCGCCAGCGCCCCGAAAGGCCCCGACCCGGAUAUUUCUGUAAUCACCGAACGUCUUUCGCAAAUACGACACAAGAUCCUGGUUCUGUCUGGAAAAGGAGGCGUGGGAAAAUCAACCUUUACAACGCUCUUGGCCCAUGCCUUUGCGGCGAAUCCCGAAUCGACCGUCGGUGUCAUGGACACCGACAUCUGUGGCCCGUCCAUUCCCAGGAUGAUGGGUGUGGAAAGCGAAACCAUACACGUGAGCAACGCUGGUUGGAGCCCCGUGUGGGUGACGGAUAACCUGGGUGCCAUGAGCGUGCAGUUCAUGUUACCCAAUCGGGAUGAUGCAGUCAUCUGGCGGGGCCCCAAGAAGAACGGCUUGAUCAAGCAGUUUUUGAAGGAUGUCGACUGGGGUGAGCUUGAUUACUUGCUCAUUGAUACGCCGCCCGGGACUUCAGACGAGCACCUCUCUGUGAAUGCAUUGCUGAAGGAGUCUGGUGUGGACGGCGCAGUCAUGGUGACCACUCCGCAAGAAGUGUCUCUUCUGGAUGUUCGCAAGGAGAUUGAUUUCUGCCACAAGGCCGGAAUUAAGAUCCUUGGUCUCGUGGAGAAUAUGUCUGGAUUCGUCUGUCCUAAUUGCACUCAUGAAUCGCAGAUUUUCCGCAAGACAACGGGUGGAGGUCGCCGGCUGGCCAAGAAGAUGGGGAUCCCUUACCUCGGCGCAGUCCCUCUGGACCCUCGGGUGGGAAUGGCCUGUGACUACGGCGAGAGCUUCGUGGACAACUUUCCCGACAGUCCAGCCUCCAAGGCCAUUCGACGUGUUGUACGCGCUGUUGGCCAGGCCGUGGGGGAAAAUCCAGACGAUGUGCUCGCGGAGAGUUCGGACGCCUGA